UUAGCAGCAGGAAUGGAUUCAUCGCAGGCCAGACACUUUGCUACGGCGCGGUGUCUCCUGCGUCCCUGUGCCCCUCCGCUCUACCGUGCAGACAUGUCAGCUAUGCUGCUGUGCUGCCUGGCCCUGCUCUGCUCCCUCUCCCUGCUGCCGGGGGCCUGGGCACAGGGCGGGGGGAAAUACUCCCGGGAGGUGAACGAGAACCGGGCAGGGGGAGAGAGCGGCGAGUUUCGGAUACAGAGGCUGAACCAGGUCUGGGAGAAAGCCCAGCGGCUCCAGCUUUCUGCUGUAAAAGCCGCAGAGCUCCACAGCGAUCUAAAGAUGCAGGAAAAGGACGAACUAAACUGGAAGAAGCUGAAGGCGGAAGGGUUAGAUGAUGACGGAGAAAAAGAAGCUAAGCUCAGGCGAUCUCUCAAUGUUAUAAUGACCAAGUAUGGUUUGGAUGGCAAAAAGAAAACACAGACAGAAGACAGUAACUUUAUAAAAGAUGGCUCAGAAAAUGAUGCAUUAAACGAUCCACGUUUGGAGAAGCUGUGGAACAAGGCAAAGAGUUCUGGGAAAUUCUCAGAAGACGAGCUGGAUAACCUGUGGCGGGAGUUCCUCCAUCAGAAGGAGAAGACAAAUGAGUACAACAUUCUCCUGGACACUGUGAGCAGGACAGAAGAAAUUCACAAAAAUGUUAUCGACCCGGAUGAGCACGAGCUGAAGGCAGGAGAUCUGCACAGCAAGCACGGAGAUCUCAAAGAGAAGCUGCGAAGCAUCAACCAAGGGAUGGAACGCCUGCGGAAGAUCAGUCAUGAAGGUUACACGGGGGGGAGAGAAUUUAAUGAGCCUCGAGUAAAUGACUUGUGGGAUUUGGCAAAAGUGGCAAACUUUUCUGAUGACGAACUGGAAUCAUUCAAGGAGGAAUUAAAACAUUUUGAAACAAAAAUUGAGAAACACCAACAUUAUCAGAAGCAGCUGGAGAUCUCACAGGAGAAGCUGAAGCACAUUGCGGAAAGCGGGGACAAGGAGCACAUUAUGAAAAGCAAAGAGAAGUAUAACACCCUGACACAGAAGAUCAAGGAGCUGGGGUACAAGGUGAAGAAACAUCUUCAAGACCUAACGAGCCGCGUAUCCAAAGAUGGACUGUCACACAAUGAGCUCUGAGGACACAGGAUGUAAGAUCAUAGACAUUUUCUCCAAAUGUGCUCUGCAGCUGCUCUAAAAACAACCUGGCAUCGCCCCGGGCCAGAGUCGUCUCUCCACGGCAGAUGUGUUCAUCCUGUUGCGUCCCAUGUCUGCUGUUGGUCUAAUGGUCUAAUCUGUCCAUAGCACGUGUAGAUAUUUUUUUUUAUCAGCUAAUUCUGCUAGUGUCUGUAGAGUUCGCCCAAAUCGAUGAGCAUCACUCGCCGCAUUCCGUAUCGCUGGGAAUUCUACUGUUUUGUCAUAUAUUCAUUUAUUACACUGUGUUUUGUGUAUAAUUGGAGGCCGUUGACUUUAUUUUGCCUUUAGAGAUUGGUUGAUUGAGAUUAAAUAAAUAUUUUCUAUGAAACAGAACAA